UUUAUUCGUGUCGUUGGAUGUGUUGAAUAUUUACCUACGUAGCUUAGCUUUGGAUAACAAAUAAUACAAUGCCUUGGCAGUCUUGUGAUAUUAUUUUGAACAGUGGUUCAACGGGUUGCUUUUAUGCUGGUGAUAUUAUAACUGGGACUGUUGUAGUGAAAUUUCAGCAGAAACAAAAAAUAGAACAUUUUGAUCUCGAUGUCACUGGAAUUAGUAAGGCAUCGUGGACUAGACCAAUGCCAACAAUCCCGUACAUAAAAAUAUAUUCAGAAAAAAGAGUCGUCCUUAGUAUUAAAACUGAUAUAUUUCCUGAAUUGCAAGGAAGAUCUGUAGCUGCUGGGACAUAUACACACCCAUUUUAUUUUUCGUUACCGCCAGACUUACUAUCAUCAUUCAAGAGUUCCACAGCAAAAGUAUUUUAUUUCGUCAAAGUGCAAUGCAAAGCGGCUUACAAAUUUAAGAAGAAAACUUUUGUGCCAUUUAAUGUCUCGAGAAAUGUAGAUCUCAACCACUUAGAAGAAUUUUUGGUGCCCACAUUUACGGAAAUGCAUAAAAUUUUUUGGAACUCGGCAAAACUAUCAAUGCAAUUGCAGACUCAUACUGGAUUCGCACCAAAUCAAAUGAUAUCAUUUGAAGUAAUGAUAUGUAAUGAAAGUAGAGUAAAAUUAUCGAAACUCAGCAUCACAUUAGUACGACAAAUAGAGUAUAAUGUAUCUUCAGGUUAUUUAAAGGAAGAAAAAAGGAUAGAGAACGUUACAUACAACAAAUUUAAAAACGAGGAAAAAGAAGUUUGCAACUUGAGUAUGAAGAUACCACCAGCAAAUCCAUCAAGCGAUUAUUCUAUGAUUAAAAUAGAAUAUAAAUUCUCGGUAAAUUCGUUAUACUUACAACAUAACUCAGAUAAGAUUGUAUUUAAAAUCAACAUCAUGUUAAAAUACAAAUUGUUUGUUUUAGGUAACACUGGAUUUUCCAUAUCAUUUUUGCAUACAUAAGGAUAUACCUGUGACAAUUUCUACAGUACCAGUUAUGCAUGUAGAACUAUUUAAGUAGUUAAAACUUAUUAAAUUUAUUUGAUUAAGCAUCAUUCAUAUUUUUACUGCUAUCUUAUACCUAUACGAUCCAAUGAUUAUUUAUUAUUUAAAUCCAAAUGAAUGAAUUCAGUUUCUAUUCUGUAAAACAGAGCUCGUUUCAGUAAAAAUCCCAUAAAAAUAAUUUCUACUCUAAAGGCAUGUUUUUACCAUUAAGAAUUGAAUAAUAAUUAUAAAAAAAACGCAUAGGUAUGCUCGGUUUACUUUAACGAUUCAUCAGGGUUUUCCACUGGCUACACUAUAGAAUUAUAUAUGUGGUAACCCUAAAGUGCCAUUACACUGCCAUCUAUUGUCAUGUACAGAAAACUAGCAACAUUUUAGCUACUUUUAAAAUAAUAUUAUUAAUAUUUCUACUAAAUAUGAACAAUAAAACAAAAUAAAAUAAUACUUAUCAUUUUAUUUCCGUAUUUAAAAAUUGGCAAUAGUCAUAAAUAAGUUAUUUGACUGACCGAAAUAAUCAAAUAGUCAUACGACUCUUUCCCCUUUCCAUGACUUUUUUGAGAAAGCGGAUAUGGUUGGUCCGCCAUAAUCGUGUGGGUCUGUGCUUGUGUGGUUGGGGUGUAUUGCCGGUGCCAACCAUUAUUUUUAAUUAGUAGUAAGUUAUGCGUAUGAAUCCAGACAUGGACGAUGAUGAGAAGGG